GGUCUGCAUCCUCUCCCUCUCGCUGCAGCCCACCUGUUUGACCGAGCUCAUCUGGCUCCGGCUCCAACCACUGUAGACACAACACCCUGGUCUGCAUCCUCUCCCUCUCGCUGCAGCCCACCUCGUCUGCCAUCGACCGCUUGACGCACCUCGCACAAGCGCCUGUGCGUGUUUGCAGCCGCCAUCAACAGGCGACCCCAGCCUCCACCACCAUCACUCGGCUCACGCCAUGCCGGGCGACACGGCCAUCAUCUCGGCCAAGACGAACCUGAUGCUCCCCAAGGACCUGGCUAUCCAGCGGCAGGGCAGUUGGCAGAUCAGCACGCUGUGGGUGGACGGCUCGGAGGCGGUGACACAGUUCUCGAUCCAGGAGGACAAAACUGCUCAAGGACACCAUGGAGGGGGCGUUCUCAUCUGCCCUUUAGUUCCAACACCUAUUAUUUUAUUUGAAGAGACAAGGGAAAAUCUUGAUGUGCCAGCUGAAGAAGACGGUGCCCAGCAAGUCGCCUCGCCGGUGCGUGGCAGCAUCCUUAUGUUUGUUCAUGGAAGAGGACCCAAUGACUUUCAGUUCAUCCUCGACAGCGGAGCAGCUGUGCAUGCCACACCACGGUACUACUUGCUGAAAGACCUGGUGGCUGUAGCAGCCGGCCAGUCUGUUCGUGCAGCCAAUGGAAAGGAUGUUCAGGUCCGCGGCCGCGGACGUGUGUCCCUGGAAAACUUCAUUACUCUUGACGACGUCGACUACAUCCCUGGCCUCAUCUCCAACAUCGUCUCCGUUGCCAAGCUGACGGAGCUUGACUACAUUGUGCAGUUCACAGGCGAUGGGUGCUUCGUCACGGACACCAGGGCUGGUGGUUCUCUGGUCGGGCGUGGCCGCCUAGUCGGCGGGGUGUUCGUGCUCGAAUACCUCUUGAUCCCCCGUGGUAGGGCAGCUGCCGCGCCACAGGGGCCAGCAUAAGAGCACUGAUGAUGAUGAAGAGCGGACUACUGACUUCUCAGAAUAAAUAGGGCGGGGUUACAUGAUUGUCAUAUGAAACAUCUGUUAUCUCCUCAGAAAGAUAGGUCCAAGAGAACUGCAGACUAUUAUUCGGUUCACAAUGUGCGAACCGUGGCCUGUGUGGCAAACCUGGCAGCUACUUGACUUACCAAUAACUCUUUCUCGUGAUCAGCACUACAUGUCUAGAGGUAAACCACGAUACCACAACAAAAUAGGAAAAAAAGACCUAUAGCAAACAUUGUUGCAAGCUAGGGUAACCAC